AUGAAAGAUUAUACAAUUGUAGUUUUAGGAGCUGGGGUUAUGGGUACAGCUGUAGUAUCAGCUAUACUAAAACAAAAAUUUGACCCAUAUCCCAAAAAAAUCAUUCUUUGUACUUCAAAACCAAAUGAAAAUCUACAACAACAAUACAAAGAAGAGUCAAUUGUUUCAUAUUCAUCUGGUAAAGAUAAUAUAAAAGCUGUUAAGCAAGCUGAUGUGAUAAUUUUAGGUGUAAAACCAUAUAUGUAUCAACAAGUAUAUGAUCAAGUAAAAGAUUCAUUAAGUGGUGAUCAAUUGUUGAUUUCGUUACUAGCAGGUACAACGAUAAAGGAGUUAUCAAUAUUUACAAAAUAUGUUGCCAAAGUUAUGACAAAUACUCCAGCUAAAUAUGGUUGUGGGACUGCAGCUAUAUCUUUUUCACCAGAUGUAUCACAAGAUCAACAAGAUCUUGUUCAAAAAUUAAUUGACCCAAUUGGAUUAUCUGUGGUGAUACCUGAGAAAAAUAUGGAUAUUGCCACAUCGUUAAUAGGGUCAGGGCCAGCUUUUUGUUUAUUAAUGAUGGAAUCAAUGAUUGAUGGAGCUGUUAGAAUGGGAAUGCCAUUUGAUAUUGCAAAAGUUUCUGCAGCUAAAGUUAUGGAAGGUACUGCUAAAAUGUUAUUAGAAUCUGGUGAUCAUCCAGCUGCUUUGAAAAGUAAAGUUUGUACUCCAGGUGGUACAACUAUUGGUGGAUUAUUAAAAAUGGAAGAUGGAGCUAUAAGAAGUACAAUAGCGAGAGGUAUUGAAGAAGCUGCUAAUAUAUCUGCAUCAUUUGCAAAAAAGGAUUAA